GGUGUACAUAGGAGUAGCAUCAUCUUGCACAAAUCAAGCCAGAGAAACCCCAUUUCAUAUUCCCUUUAACUUUUGCCUUUUGUCGUCAUACAAAAUACAGUCUACAUAACCACAAAAGAGGUUUCAUUCCCAAUAUCACACCAUGGCUGCUUCCCUCUUCACCACUCUCUUCUUCACUGCUUUCCUUAUCGCAUACACUCCAGUAGUGAAGGUAUCAGCAGCAUCAGUAGUAUUUUACAACAAGUGUCCCCACCCAGUGUGGCCAGCAAUUCAACCCGGUGCCGGAAAACCCAUUCUGGCCCGCGGCGGCUUCAACCUCCCACCAAACAAAGCUUAUUCCCUCCAAGUCCCACCACAAUGGUCAGGCCGUUUCUGGGGCCGUCACGGCUGCACCUUUGACGCAUCAGGCCACGGCCAUUGCGCCACUGGAGACUGCGGCGGAUCUCUCUUCUGCAACGGCAUAGGCGGAACCCCACCAGCCACACUCGCCGAGUUCACAUUUGGGAAAGAUCUAGAUUUCUAUGACGUCAGCCUGGUCGACGGUUACAACUUACCGAUUUCCAUUACACCUUUUAAGGGAUCUGGAAAAUGUAGCUACGCUGGUUGUGUGAGUGAUCUAAACUUGAUGUGCCCAGUAGGGUUGCAGGUGAGGUCACGUGACAAGAAGCACGUGGUGGGUUGUAGAAGUGCUUGUGCUGCUUUCAACUCUCCUAGGUAUUGCUGUACUGGUAACUUUGGUACCCCACAGACCUGCAAGCCCACUGCUUAUUCAAGAAUCUUCAAAACUGCUUGCCCAAAGGCUUACUCUUAUGCUUAUGAUGACCCUACCAGUAUUGCUACUUGCACCAAUGCUAGUUACAUGAUCACUUUCUGCCCUCGUCACCGUCGUUGAUCAUCUAUCUUCGUUAAAUAAAUAUUUAUGUGAUGUCAUGGAUAUUAUUCUGUGUUUGGUACUAGCCUAGAUAGAAGUCUCUUUAAUGUUAUGUAGCAACUCUUAUCAUUAUAUUAUGUUGUUUUAGUUUAAUUUGGUUUUUAA